AAUAACAUUUAAUUUUUUAUACCGGUUUUUUCGAUUUAAAAUUGUUUUGUCAAAAAAUAUGGAUGAAUUCAAUUUCAAUUUGAGUGACAAUGAGGAUGAGGAAGAUCAAGCCCCCUCUCAUAGGUUCCAUACAAAUCGAGAAGCCAUCAUAUUUCUCAUCGAUGCCAGUAAGCCCAUGUUUGAGAAGAAAGAUGACGAAAGUCCAUUUGAAACUUGUCUAAAAUGUGCCAAGUCAGUUAUGCAGAAUAAAAUAAUUCAAAAUGACAAAGAUCUUAUUGGAAUUGUGCUUUUUGCAACGGAAAAGUCUACAAAUGAAGUUGAUUUUAAACACAUUUACAUGCUGCAAGGAUUAGACCAGCCAGGAGCUGAGAAGAUUUUGGAAUUGGAGAAGUUGAUUGAUAGUUUAGAUACAGAAGAGAGCAAAUAUGGACAUUCAAAUGAUUAUCUCCUAUCUGAUGCUCUCUGGACAUGUCUUAAUAUGUUCUCACAAUGCAAAGUUAAACUACAAAACAAAAAGAUCCUUCUAUUUACAAACAAUGACAACCCACAUUCUGAUGAUGAACAACAUAAGAAACAGGCUUUAUCUCGAGUGGAUGAUUUGAAGCAGAACAACAUUGAACUAGUUCUCAUGCAUAUCAACAAGCCACAACACCAGUUUGAUGUCAGGCUUUUCUACAAAAGUAUUUUGAAUGAUGAGGAGAGCUCUGAAUUGCCCGACCCAUCGGAAAGAUUCGAAGAACUACUUACCAGAGUACGAAUAAAGAGCCACACGAAGCGCAUGUUACAGCAAGUGCCCUUCGUCAUAUCUCCUGAUCUUUCAAUGGCUGUUGGAGUGUACAAUCUCAGCCAGGCGUGCCACAAGCCAGCCCCCAUCAAACUUUAUAAGAAAACCAAUGAGGAAGUCAAAACAGUCUGUAAAACUUUUCUCAAGGAGAAUGGUGAGCUGUUAUCCACACAAGAUAUGAAGAAAUGCGUUGAGAUAGCUAACACCAAGGUGUGCUUUGAAAUGGAUGAGAUUGUCACCAUGAAGACGUUUGAUAAUCCAGGUUUAUAUUUGAUUGGGUUCAAGAAAAAGAGCCUCAUUAAGCCAUACUUCCACAUAAGACCUGCCCAGUUCAUAUACCCUGAUGAAAAGACCGCACCUGGGAGCACAACCCUGUUCGUGGCCCUCUUGAAGAAGUGCACUGACCUCAGCAUGGUCAUAAUAUGCAGGUACAUUCCUCGCAAAAACACGCCACCUAAGUUUGUUGCUCUCUGGCCCCAAGAAGAGGAAAUGGAUGAGAACAAAGUGCAGCUGACUCCACCUGGCUUCCACAUCAUCUUCCUUCCAUACGCUGAUGACUUUAGGAAAGUCAACUUUGAAGAAGAUGCGCUCAGAGCAACUGCAGCACAAGUAGACAAAGCAAAGGAGUUGGUGAAAAAGUUGCAGUUUCAAUUCAAUAGCGAUAGUUUCGAGAAUCCACAACUCCAGCAGUACUACAACAACGUAGAAGCCAUGGCUCUGGCCAGGGACUGCCCCGAGGAAAUCUCUGAUUUCACUCAGCCAGAUGAAGAGAAGAUCGAGAAGAGGGCGGGGAAGUUGAUAAAAGAGUUCAAGGAGUUGGUGCAGAUGGAUAAGAGGAGUACAACAGCCGCCAACAAGAAGAAGAAUGCACCGAAUGCUGUCGGCGGAGGAAAGACGUCGAAACAUGAUGAUGAACUGGACGUAGAGAAGGAAGCCAGGAAUGGAAAGCUGAACAGGUUGACAGUUCCAAUAUUGAAGGAAUGCAUCAAGAAGUUGAACAUCAAGAGCACUGGUACAAAGAAAGCUGAACUCAUUGAGGCCAUUAACGAACAUUUUGGUAUCUAA